AUGGCUGAUGCUGAUGCUGGGCCAUCAAAACCACCAGUUUCGAAGACUCCUAAAGCAACAUACACUUAUGGCAACAAGGAGCUAGACGCUCCAGCCUACGCGGAAGCCCUGAAGAGUGCAAAAGCGAGAGGCAGUGCUUCCUGGUGGUCAUUUUUCACCGUGAUCUUGACAGAAGGAGUCGUGAAGCUGAAGUGCACCAUUUGCGGCGAGGUGCUGGGUGCCAAAAAUCCGUCUGCAACAGCUCCCAACCAUCUUAUGAAGCACAGCAAGGCAGCAGAAGUUUUGGGGCGACAGGUUUGGCAUGUCCGGACUGUGUGUUGGGUGUUGCUUUGCAGACAAUUAGGACUGGACUCUUGGACUCUUGGUUCAGGUACCAAAGAUGUUGGGAAGGCAUACGCAGAGACAGUUUAA